AUGCCGACCAAACGCUUUCUCGGCCUCAAUGGCACCCAGCUUCAGGUCGCUAUCGGCGUCCUGGCUGGUAUGGAUUUCCUGCUUUUCGGUUACGACCAAGGCGUGACUGGUGGCCUUCUUACCCUCGACUCUUUCAGAAAAUACUUCCCAACGAUUGAUACUACGGCAGCGCACACUGAGGGUUGGUCAUCUGCGGCUAAAUCCAAUCAGUCAACUCGCCAGGGUAUCACCGUCGCUGCGUACAACUUGGGAUGUUUCGCCGGGUCUAUUCCCACUAUCUGGAUUGGUAACAUGCUAGGUCGCCGCAAGGCUAUCUUCGUCGGUUCUUUCAUUAUGUGCAUCGGAGCUAUCCUGCAAUGUACUUCCUACGAACUCGCCCAGCUGGUCGUUGGUCGUCUUGUCACUGGUUUCGGAAACGGUAUCAACACAUCUACAGUCCCCACCUGGCAAUCUGAAUGCUGCAAGUCCCACCGACGAGGCCAACUGGUCAUGAUUGAGGGUGCUAUGAUUACUUGUGGUAUCACUAUCAGUUAUUGGAUUGAUUUCGGUUUACUGUUCGCCGAUCCCAGUGAGGUUGCAUGGCGUUUCCCGCUCGCUUUCCAGAUCUUCUUCGCUGCCAUCAUCUUGGCUUUCGUCAUGUUCCUCCCCGAGUCUCCCCGUUGGCUUAUAUUGAAGGGUCGCGAGGACGAGGCCCGCGAGGUUUUGACGUCUUUGAUGGGCGAUGAUACCGAUGAAGUCUUCAUCGACACAGAGUUUAUCGCUAUUAAAGCUACCGUCCUCGAGAUGGCCAAGGGCUCAUUCCGCGACAUGUUCACUAUGGGCCCCGAUCGACACUUCCAUCGUACUAUGCUUGCCUACGUCAACCAGAUGUUCCAGCAGAUCUCCGGUAUUAACUUGAUCACCUACUAUAUUCCUACCAUUAUCGAGGAACAAAUUGGUCUGAGCGGUAUUAACUCGCGUCUUAUUGCUGCUUGCAACGGUACUGAGUACUUUGCCGCCUCCUGGGUCGCCGUGUUCACCAUUGAAAAAUUCGGUCGUCGUUCACUCAUGCUCUUUGGUGCUGUUGGCAUGUCGGUUUCUAUGGCUGUCCUGGCCAUCAGCGAUUCCAUCUCCUCUUCGAACAAGGGUAAUUCUACAGGUGUCGCUGCCGGUAUUGCCCAGACGGUGUUCCUGUUUGUUUUCAACACUUUCUUCGCCAUUGGUUGGCUGGGCAUGACCUGGCUGUACCCCGCGGAGAUUGUUCCUCUGAAGAUUCGUGCUCCCGCCAAUGCCCUUUCAACUUCAUCCAACUGGAUCUGGAAUUUCAUGGUCGUCAUGAUCACGCCAGUUGCUUUCAGUACCAUUGGCUACAAGACCUAUGUCAUCUUCGCUGUUAUUAACGCUGCAAUUGUGCCUGUCGUGUACUUCUUCUUCCCGGAGACUACCAUGCGUUCCCUAGAGGAGAUGGAUAUCAUUUUCCGCAAGACGACUAAUGUCUUUGAUGUCGUUCAUGUUGCCCGUACCGAACCUCACAUGUACGGCCCCAACGGUGAACUUCUUCGCACUUUGGACGAUGUCGAGGAUGACGCAGUUCGUCGUGCCAGUGUUCUCUCCAACCCGAACAAGAAUCUUGCCCGGGCUCACCGUGAACACACCGAGAAGGAUAGCGACGACAAUACCGCAACUAGCGAGGAGAAAUAA